CUCCAACAUAGCUUGAACUAUUGCUCUGCGCUUGUCUACUCAAUAUGCCCUUAUACUACACCACAUCGAUACCCGAACAUGUUUUACGAAGGAGAUCUACAGGGCGGUAUAGCCCUUGCUGUCAAUGAAGCCAAAUAUGUCAUCUGUUUUGUUCGAGACGACACGGAUGAAAGCUCGAAAUGGGAGAAUGAGUAUUUGGCUAAUGACGAGGUAGCGCCAUUAAUAAAGUCAAAGACUAUCUCUUUGCGACUACAAGCGGGUUCAGUGGAAGCAGGUUAUUUGGCCUCGUUUUGCCCCAUAAGCAAAGUCCCCACGUUGGUCGUCAUAAGAAACGGCGUACUUCGGGAAUACAUCGUAUCAGGUGUCUCUGAGGAGGAAUUUAAACGUCGACUGAAAAAGGCGCUCGAAGAUCCCCCUAUCCCAACUUCGCAGAUGGCUCCGCCAGCACAGGUGGACAGUAAUAGUUCCCCUGGGGUAAGUACUCCGGUAUCCUCCCGCCCGCUUUCAACUCAUACCCCGGACCACGACUCGGAAUCUACAGAGGAGCAGGAGCAGGGAACUUCUGAACGGGCAAGGAGGGAAAGCAUAAGAGCUGGCAAACGACGAGUUGAGACGGCCGAGGAGCCAGAACGGGUUCAAGACACGUCUCAAUCACAAGCUCAAAACUGGAAGUUAGAACAGCGGAAACGAGAACAGCAAAAGAAAGAAGAACGAGAUCGAAUAUUAGAACAGAUCAGGCGUGAUAACGAAGCUCGAAAAGCGAGAGAGGAGUCGAUAAGAGCAUCUCUUGCGUCAUUAACCAAGAAUGAAAAUGAUCCCCCAAAACCAGCCCACCAACGACCGGCACCGAAGCCUAAACCAAAUCAAUUCCGCCUACAGAUACGUCUCUUUGACGGCAGUUCAGUACGCUCAAGUUUCUCACCCACUCAGACCAUUCAAAAUGACGUUCGCCCCUGGCUGGAUAGCCAGCGCUCGGAUGGCGACGCGCCAUAUAACUUAAAACAGAUCCUGACACCUCUUCCCAGCCGAACCAUAUCAGACGCAGAAGAAGAUCAAACCCUUGAGGAACUAGGUCUAGGUCCUACUGCAAAUUUAGUAAUGGUUCCAGUGCGUACAUACACAGAAGCUUAUGCCUCUGCGGGAGCUUCACUUCCCGUCCGAGGGCUGUAUGCUGGCUAUAACCUGGUUACGGGAACCGUUGGUGCGGUAGCAGGGGCCAUAGGAUCAAUUCUGGGGAUAUCUCAGAGCCAAGCUGCGAAUCCUGAGUCGACGGCAACUGAGUCAUCACCUGCAGCAGAGGCACCAAAUAGAGCUAAUCUGCUGGGAGGAAGGAAUGUGAGAUCGAAUGUGAGAACUCUCUAUGACGGUGAUGAUGGAGAAGCGCGCCAAUUUUAUAACGGGAAUCAGUUAAAUUUCGAACCCCGUAGGGAUCAAGAAAGCGAGUAAAUAUGGAACUCUUUUGAUCUAACGAUAGCAAGCUUUAAGGAAGUCUCCUAUCGUCGUAUACUUAAUUAUCAAUGUGUAUCUUGUUUGAUAUGUGGUUCGGGAGCCCUGGUUUGUUAUUGACUUUUCACUAUGUCUUCAGACACUCUACAUAGUUCUUAUGGAACCCGGUCUUGUCAUCACGACUUCGGCAUAUCGAUAGCAGGGGGAUCGGCGUUGUUGGAAUUGAGAUUUUCUCUUUUUUUGGUGUUUUUUGUUCUCUAUUAUAUUAAUAUUUCUAUGUGGUAGCCAUUUGUUGUGCUUCUCUUCUGAACGGCAUCAUAUCCACAAUGUCCUUGACACACCACGAGUAUUUGUACAAGUACACAAAACGUGAAAAAAAGGGGGAAAAAAAAAAGCCGAAUUAGAUUCAGCUGAAUCCUGACCGAUGGUAUGUACGCGCUAUAUAGGAAAAUGAUGUUGAUCACGA